AUGGUUUACAAUCUUGUUUUUGUUUCAUUUUUUUCUUGUUGCCAUCCUUGUGUCUCUUCUCCCCACCUCACAGGUGCUUCUUGGGAUGAAGAAAACUGGCGUGCUCAGUAUGGUCAAGUCAUUCGUUCUGGUGAAGAGUCAGUCCCAGAUUUCAAAGUGAUAGAUUUAUGGGAUUGGUCAAUUGUCACAAGAACAAGAAAGGAUGGAAAAAAUCAGGUUACCAGGCUGGUAGGCCGAUUGGUGAGACAAUCUGCUAGGCUUCACCCCUCAAUGCCUUCGGGUGGUGGUUUGCUGAAAACUGCUCCAAUAUGUGAAGUGCAUCUUGACCUGGUACGAGUUACGUCAGGGCAGGUGUAUAAGUUGAGGAGUCCUAGUGCAAAAUACUUGGCCUCCUUGUCAACUUAUGAUUCCUCCAACCCAACUAAAGAUUGGGGCUUCCCAGAAUUGUCAAUUGAUGGGAAAAUCCAAGCCCCACCCGGAUCGGGUGGAAACUGUGAAGUGAAGAUGAUAAAGGGUGCCCCCGUUCACAAGGAUUUGCCUUCAUUGCCAGGUCAACUCUGUACAUCUAAUAAUGUAAGUUCUGCAGCAUAG